GUAAACUAGCCUUACCUGUAUCCAGUUUCGCUAACUUGUUAUCGUUUACGAAGUGUUGCAGGUAAUGGGUAAAUGUCACGUGGGCUGCUAGCGCAUGUUUUAUUGCCGCGUUCAAAUCUACUGGGAACUAGUACAUCUUCGACUUCCCGACUUCAGUUGUCGGGAAAAAAACGAUCUCUGACUGGGAAAAAUCGAUUUGAAUGGUCAUCAAACUCGGGAAGUCAGGCCUCUUUCUAGAGCUCCGACUUUCCCACCCGAAGAUCAAUGAUGUCAUGAUUUGACUUUGUAUUUUUCCAUGCACCCAGUUGUUUUGAACGCGGCAUUAUAUAGACCUGGAACGCACCCAAUACUACCUAACGUUAACUACACGAUCACACGGUAGCUAUCAACCGAAGUUGGUGGUUGUGUUAAGCGAGAUAAACUGAUUGAUAUAAGACGAUAAAGCAGCUUAUUUCAGUAUUCUUCUACAUUCAUCAGUGUUUACUGUAACAUUUUAAGAGCUCCAUGCCAGCAGUUAUGACAGUGUUAGCAGACCAUGCAGCGCAGCAGCUGCUAGACUUCAGCCAGAAACUAGACAUCAACCUGUUGGACAACGUGGUCAACUGUCUGUAUCACGGGGUCGGAACACAGCAAAGGCUGGCUCAGGAGGUUCUGACCCAGCUGAAAGAGCACCCGGAUGCUUGGACCAGAGUGGACACCAUACUGGAGUUCUCCCAGAGCAUGAACACCAAAUACUAUGCUCUGCAGAUUCUGGAAACAGUUAUCAAAACAAGAUGGAAGAUUCUACCCAGAAACCAGUGUGAAGGUAUUAAAAAGUAUGUUGUUGGACUAAUUAUCAAGACGUCGUCGGACGCUACAAUGGUCGAGAAAGAGAAAGUGUACAUUGGAAAGCUGAACAUGAUCCUUGUUCAGAUCCUGAAGCAGGAGUGGCCCAAGCACUGGCCCACGUUCAUCAGUGACAUCGUGGGAGCCAGCCGCACCAGCGAGAGCCUCUGUCAGAACAACAUGAUCAUCCUCAAGCUGCUCAGUGAGGAGGUGUUUGACUUCUCUAGUGGACAGAUGACCCAGGUCAAGGCCAAGCACCUCAAAGACAGCAUGUGCAAUGAAUUCUCCCAGAUAUUCCAGCUCUGCCAGUUUGUCAUGGAGAAUUCCCAGAAUGCACCACUGGUCCACGCCACUCUAGAAACGCUGCUGAGGUUUCUCAACUGGAUUCCUCUGGGGUACAUUUUCGAGACCAAACUCAUCAGCACACUCGUCUACAAGUUCCUGAACGUGCCGAUGUUCCGCAACGUGACGUUGAAGUGUCUGACGGAGAUCGCCGGCGUCAGUGUCAGCCAAUACGAGGAGCAGUUUGUCAACCUCUUCACGCUCACCAUGUGUCAACUCAAACAGAUGCUUCCCCUGAACACCAACAUUCGUCUGGCGUAUUCCAACGGUAAGGAUGACGAGCAGAACUUCAUCCAGAACCUCAGCCUGUUCCUCUGCACCUUCCUGAAGGAGCACGGUCAGCUCAUCGAGAAGAGGCCCAACCUCCGAGAGACACUGAUGGAGGCUCUCCACUACAUGCUGCUGGUGUCUGAGGUGGAGGAGACAGAGAUCUUUAAGAUCUGUCUGGAGUACUGGAACCAUCUGGCUGCAGAGCUUUACAGGGAGAGUCCCUUCUCCACCUCCACCUCCCCCCUGCUGUCUGGAUCACAACACUUUGAUGUCCCUCCUCGCAGACAGCUCUACCUGCCUGUACUCUCCAAGGUGCGUCUGCUGAUGGUGAGCCGCAUGGCCAAGCCGGAGGAGGUGCUGGUGGUGGAGAACGACCAGGGAGAGGUGGUACGAGAGUUCAUGAAGGACACAGACUCCAUCAACCUCUACAAGAACAUGAGAGAGACACUGGUGUACCUGACCCAUCUGGACUAUGCAGACACGGAGCGUAUAAUGACAGAGAAGCUUCAUAACCAGGUGAAUGGUACAGAGUGGUCCUGGAAGAACCUCAACACACUGUGCUGGGCUAUAGGGUCCAUCAGUGGAGCCAUGCACGAAGAGGACGAGAAGAGGUUCCUGGUCACCGUCAUCAAGGAUCUGCUGGGUCUAUGUGAACAGAAGAGGGGAAAGGAUAAUAAGGCCAUCAUUGCCUCCAACAUCAUGUACAUCGUGGGCCAGUACCCUCGCUUCCUCAGAGCCCACUGGAAGUUCCUCAAGACCGUCGUCAAUAAACUCUUUGAGUUCAUGCACGAGACCCAUGAUGGGGUACAGGAUAUGGCGUGUGACACUUUCAUCAAGAUCGCCCAGAAGUGCCGUCGCCAUUUUGUCCAGGUGCAGGUGGGCGAGGUGAUGCCCUUCAUCGACGAGAUCCUCAACAACAUCAACACCAUCAUCUGUGACCUGCAGCCACAGCAGGUCCAUACGUUCUACGAGGCCGUGGGGUACAUGAUCGGAGCCCAGACAGACCAGGCAGUACAAGAGCAUAUCAUAGAGAAAUACAUGUUACUGCCUAACCAGGUGUGGGACAGCAUCAUUCAACAGGCCACCAAGAACGUGGACAUUCUGAAGGACCCAGAGACGGUGAAGCAGCUCGGCAGCAUCCUGAAGACCAACGUCCGGGCCUGUAAGGCCGUGGGACACCCCUUCGUUAUCCAGUUAGGACGCAUUUAUCUGGACAUGCUCAACGUCUACAAGUGCCUCAGCGAAAACAUCUCCGCAGCCAUCCAGACCAACGGUCAGUGGGGGGUGGGCUGGGCUGGGGGCUGUGUGUGUGUCCUGUCCUCAUGCGUCUCUUCUGUUGGCGGUGUGUCCUUUCCUCAUGCGUCUGUUCUCUUGGCGGUGUGUCCUCUCCUCAUGCGUCUAUUCUCUUGGCGGUGUGUCCUUUCCGCAUGCGGUUGUUCUCUUGGCGGUGUGUCCUCUCCUCAUGCGUCUAUUCUCUUGGUGGUGUGCAUUUCAGGAGAGAUGGUGACGAAACAGCCCCUGAUCAGAAGUAUGAGGACGGUGAAAAGAGAGACGCUCAAACUCAUCUCCGGCUGGGUUAGCAGAUCCAGCGAUCCACAGAUGGUGGGGGAGAACUUUGUUCCGCCGCUGCUCGACGCCGUUCUCAUCGACUACCAGCGCAACGUCCCCGCCGCCCGGGAGCCCGAGGUCCUCAGCACCAUGGCAACCAUCGUCAACAAGCUGGGCGGACACAUCACCGGGGAGAUCCCGCAGAUCUUCGAUGCCGUGUUCGAAUGCACACUCAACAUGAUCAAUAAAGACUUUGAGGAGUACCCGGAACACAGGACUCAUUUCUUCUACCUGCUGCAGGCGGUCAACUCCCAUUGUUUCCCAGCAUUCCUGGCCAUCCCUCCGGCCCAGUUCAAACUGGUGCUGGACUCCAUCAUCUGGGCCUUCAAACACACCAUGAGGAACGUGGCCGACACAGGCCUUCAGAUCCUCUACACUCUACUGCAGAACGUGACUCAGGAAGAGGCUGCAGCACAGAGCUUCUACCAGACAUACUUCUGCGACAUCCUCCAGCACAUCUUCUCUGUGGUCACUGACACAUCACACACUGCUGGCCUGACGAUGCAUGCCUCCAUCCUGACCUACAUGUUUAACCUGGUGGAGGAAGGGAAGAUCAACACCCAGCUCAACCCCUCCAACCCCGGCAACAACCAGGUCUUCAUACAGGAGUACGUGGCCAACCUGCUCAAAACUGCUUUCCCACAUCUACAGGAUGCCCAGGUCAAGGUGUUCGUAACAGGACUGUUCAGUCUAAACCAGGAUAUUGCAGCCUUCAAGGAACACCUGAGGGACUUCCUGGUACAGAUUAAGGAGUUUGCAGGAGAGGACACCACAGACCUGUUCCUAGAGGAGCGGGAGGCGUCGCUGCGUCAGGCGCAGGAGGAGAAACACAAGCUACAGAUGUCAGUUCCCGGUAUCCUCAACCCACACGAAAUACCUGAGGAGAUGUGUGAUUGAGACGUCCUGCUGUUACUGUACAUACAGGCACACCAACAAACACACAAAACUAACCCGAACAGAAGGAAAGAGAGGUGGGAGGUGGGAGGCCCCCCGGUCACUUUGCUGAGGUACGGAGAGAGCAGACACGCCCGUCCUCAUCCAUCAGCUGUUCUGUCCACCAAAAACCAUGUCAAUAUGUAAAUGAUGACGUACUGCGUCACCCCGUGGCCCGUUACACCUGUUUUAUAUGGGGACUUCUGUGUACUAUGUUUCCACUGUUUAUUUGGUCAGGGGUCAGGGGUCAUCACCCCCCUAGCUGCAUGACAUGAAGCAGACGUAUGGUAAGAUUUCUGAACUUCACUUGUUUCCUCCCCUCCACAUGUUAUCUCUCUCACACACACACACAGACACACACACACACACACACACAUAUAUAUAGUGAGACAGAAGAGUUUUUGUGCAACAAGGCAUAUGUGUCAAAAAGUUCUCAGCAAAGAGGCUUCUAGAACUAUGAUGUGACAGACUGGAAGGAAUGAAGUGGUGUUCUAGAAGUGUGUGUGUGUGUGUGUGUGUAUGUGCACCCUGCGUCUGAUUCCCAACCCAAUGCAUUGUGGUUAGAAUGUGAAGCUAGCGGAUUAUGAAGGAAGGAAGUCAGAGAUGCUGCUGCUUUGUGUGUCAGGUGGUCAGGCUAGCGGCCGUGCUCAUUGGUUGAACCUCCGCCCAACUGAAAGAAACCUACUGCGUUUGGUCGCCUGGCUGUGACUGGAGGCGGGAACUAGGAAGACAGGAAGGAGCAUCAUCGGCGCAAGACAGUCAGAUUAUGUGCAUAUCAUCCCAAUUCUAUAGCACAUGAAUUACCAUGGGAACAGCAUUAUUAUUUAGUGUAUUUUUUGUGGGUGUGUUGAGUGCGUGUGCUGUCGCCUAGACGACAUGGGCGUUUAGUUAUCCUCUGUGAGGAUCGUUGCUCCAUGGUGAGCUCUUCAUUCAAAUGGACCUUUAACAGAAAGAAGAAGUGGUUAUUGAAAUGUUAUUUAUGGGUUCAAAAUAACUGCAUCUUUAUAUAACAAACUCCUGUUUAACUUCUGUCGGUCGGCUUUUGAGAUUCUGAAUUGGAACUAAUUGACAUUGUUUACCAUGCUAGUAGUGCUUCAACAACACUACCUUAGAAGACAAGCUAAAAAUAAACACAACUCAGUUUACAUUUCAUUUAGUAUUUUUGCAUUGUUUAUUUGGAUCUUUAUAACAUGUCUUCUAUCCAAAACAAAAGGCUUUUUAUUCCAGAGUGAAAUAAUUAGUUGCCAAUAGUUUGAUUAAGCAACAAAUGUAUAAUUCCUAAUCCAAACUCAAUCUGUAAAUGGCAAAUAGUUCCCCUUCUCUACUCGUUACAGUUGUUGUGAAACUUUUUGAACUGAUUAAAGUUGAGGAUUUUAUAA